CAAUGCCAGAGCACAGAAACCUUUGCGCAUAAACUUCUAACCCAUCAGCGGAGCUCAUCGUCAUCGCAGACACCUGUCCCGAAGCCUGAAGAGAUAAGUUCAGAAGGAGUUCCUGUCAGACAUGGAGACCUCAGCUGAACAGCCUCGCUGGGUUUCCUCCUCCAUGGUAUCGUCAGAGGUGAUGCCCUCUUACCCAUCCGACUCCAGCUAUAUGAUCCACACUGAAGAGGGUUCGACGUUCCCCAGCUCUGAUGCUGAUCACAGCAGCCUGCCUUCUCUGUUCGGCAGCCCAGUCCAUGGCCGUCCACCUGGAGCUUUUCAAAACAGCCCAGUAUAUCCCGUCUACUCCUCUCCGUUCCUCGGAAACCUGUCCUGGCUGGAAAGUUCUACCAGCCCCUCUCUAACCAACCUCUUCCCAUCAUCCCCGUCAUCGUGGCACAGCGGUGCGUUUUCGAAGACGUCCUCGUCAUCGUUCCACGGCUCCCCGGCCCUCUCUUCCUCCAGGCCACCUCGUCCUGCCCUUCACUCCCCCACCCAGCACCCCAAGGAGAGCUUUGGUGUGCAGGAGAGCAUGAAAGGAGAGAGUCCUCCUGGAGGUGGCGAGGUGUUUGGCGGGGUGUUUCCCUCCUCAGUGAGCGACGUAAAGACACACUACAGUCCCUACAGCAGCUUCACGCACGAUUACAGCAGUUCACUUUUCUACACACCCUCGUCCUUCUCACCCAAAUUAUGCAGCAAGAUGAAAUUCUCUCCUUUAGAGCCGCGUGAGUGUGUGAAUUGCGGGGCCACUGCGACCCCUCUGUGGCGGCGUGAUGGAACGGGACAUUACCUCUGCAAUGCCUGCGGACUGUACCACAAGAUGAACGGACAGAACAGACCCCUCAUCCGGCCCAAAAAGAGACUGGUCGUCAGUAAGCGAGCAGGAACUGAGUGUGCGAACUGUCAGACCAGCACCACCACGCUGUGGAGACGCAACGCCGGCGGAGAGCCUGUGUGUAACGCUUGCGGACUCUAUUUCAAGCUUCACAAUGUGAACAGACCGCUGACUAUGAAGAAGGAAGGCAUUCAGACACGUAACCGUAAAGUGUCCAGCAAGAACAGGAAAGGGAAAAGGUUUAGCGCCACAGAGGACAAUCUGUAUUUUUCGAAGAACCCCGCGUCUGAUCAUCAUUUCGACCUGUAUUCUCAAAGUCCUGGAGCUCUGGCCGUCUACAGCCACUCUUCCCAUUCACUGCCGCCCACCUCUGCCUUCCACAGCCACGCCGGCCUGCCCUACCCCUAUCACCCACCAGCUGCCAUCUUACCCAGCGUGGUGUGACGGAAACCCGAAAGAAGACUCCCCAACUAUGUGCUCAGAUGCUCCAAAAACUUGAAAGCUUAACCAAAGUGGACACGUGAAAAAACAUGUCGCCCUAAAAAUAUUUGGAUGUUUAUGGCUCACACAAUAUCUGAAUGGCAAUGCAUUCCGUACAAAAUCGGAUUAUAAUAAUCAGAUGAUAAUAUAAAGAUAUCAGAUGAUAAUAAUCGGAAAUGUUCCUUGAGCAGCAAAUAUUAAAAUAUUUUAUGAAGGAUCACGUGAUCAUCCUGAAAGUCCAGCUUUGCAUCACGGACACAAAUGACAGUGUAUUCAAAACAGAAAACUAUUAUUUUAUAUAGUACUAAUAUUUCACAUUAUUACUAUUUUACUGUAUUUCUGAUCAAAUUUAUGCAGCCUUGGUGAAACUUUUUAAAAUCCAACCCCAAACUUUCAAACUGUAGUGUACAUAUAGACUACCUUUACUUUUUUUGUGUGUUUGUAAUGAUUUUAUUUUUAUCAAAACAUUUUUUGGGAUUUGUAAGCUGUUUU